AUGUAUGUCUCUAAUAAAAUAGAACUAAAUCACUUUACUAUUGAUGCCAAUAUUCAUCAUCCAGAUAUGUUAUCAAAGGUCAAUUAUAUUAAUAGCAACAUUCUUGCCAGAAAUCCAAUAUAAAAGUAUUCAAAAUUCUUAUUUAAAACAAGACUUGAAGAUUAAAAACUCUUUUCUGA